AUGAAAAUAAAUCUAAUAUUUAAAUUAAUUUUACCAAUACUUUUGUUUAUAUUAAUCUCGGUUGAAUCCGCACCACGCAUAUUUACUUAUAAUGAGAUAAUACCAAAGAAAUCAACUCCUCGUAUAUUUGACUUGAUUAAUUAUAGAGAUGACUCAACACUUGUUAUAAGAAUAGUAUAUAAAGAUCCAACGGCGGCACCUGAUCCAACAAAAGCAUAUGUGGAAGAGAAAUUAUCAUUAAGAGUGCUUUUUCAAAAUGGAACAGUAAAUGCAAUUGACCUUGAUCUACAAAUUCCCUCUAUGAAUUAUGCCCUUUAUCAGUUACCAAUAGGAGUUAUCAGUCCUAUAAAAUUAUUUAGUAUUAGCCGUACUCGUAUAUUGGUAACUUACAUAAAUACCACUAAUGCAACUGAUGUUACAACUUAUGAAGAAUGGGGAAUGGUAAUUGACUUGAAUGGAAAUAUUAUUAGUAAACGCAAAUUUGGUGACUCGUAUAUUUAUAACGGAGUUUGGAACCCGUCACGGAUUGGUAGUGUAACACCAAAUAUCAAUGAAAAUAAAGGGUGGUUAUGGACUGGUUUUAUAAGAAAUACUCUUGGUAUAUCUUUUAAACAAUUCACAAUUGUUACUAAUGAAAUUGUUGAAUUGACUGAAGGAAAAACUCCAAUCGCAUCUGACAUAUCAGGUGCUAUCUUUAAAUCGAUACCAACAGUUGGAGAAGAUUAUGCAAUCAUAUUAGCAAACACUACUCAACCUGACAACAAUCCUGAUCCUUUAAAAAUUCGUGGUCAAAUGUUUAUUUUCAAUAUAGGAUACAAUACCACUGAUGUCAGCACACCUAAAUUUCUUUAUCAAAUACCAUUGGAUAAUAUAAUAUUUAGUAAUAUGAAAUGUGACAUCGAUUAUAUUGAAGUUGGUCAUAGUUGUAUUUUGACCUUAAACCAAACCAUAGCUAGCACUACUACUCCACCACAAGCUCCCACUUCCAAAUUGUAUUAUAUCAGAGUUUCUUUUCUUUCAUCGGGUUCAGUUUCUGGGCUCGACCCAAUAGAUCGUGUUAUACCAGCCGACGAUGUAAAUACAGUUUCAUGGAAUAUCCGAUCCUUACCGUACGGUGGGUUUCUGAUAGAUACACGUACGGUAAAUGUUACUGGUACUUAUGCCUUUGGAUAUCUUUAUGAUGAUGUUAAAAAGGCCAGUUCGCCAUGGGAUUUUGGUCAAGCCAUCCAAGUGAAUGCUUUCGGUCGUAGUACUCUUCUUGCAAAUAAUACUGUAGUUCUUACUCAACCAGAAUUGCCUGGUACUUGGUCAUUGCUUGUUUCUGAAAUGCCUAAAUUUUCGGCUUUACCCGAUAAUGGGUAUUCCAAUCUACAUGUUCAAUCUACAGUUCCACCGAUAGGUACAGUGAUAACACCUACUUCAGAUCGAUCAACGGAUAAUUUGAACCAAGUUAGCAUUACUUAUAGUGAUGAAGUUGAAUUAUCUGAAGGCGCUAUAUCAGUAUAUCUAGUUCAAGAUGGUGGCAACAACGUUCUUCGUCAGAAAGUUUUUGGCACUAAUACGAAAUAUUGUAAUAUAACUAGUAAUUCUUUAUCGGUAACUUUCAAUAUAAUAUCAAGUACUUUUUCUCAACAAAGUAGCAAUUAUUAUAUCAAGGUGGAUAAUAAUUUUGUUCGAGAUAAAAAAACUCAAGAACCACUCUUGGGUAUCCAAGAAAACAUCUGGAAAAUUUCAACAGAUUCAGCCACUGGAUUACUACGAUUGACGAGCGAGGGUACAGCAGUUUUCGAAUCUCUUGAUAGUGAUGGUCAAAAGCAAUUCUUUAAUACAUUAGUUGAAGAACUUGCUAGCAUCGUUCCAAUUGACAAAAGUCGUUUGAGCUCAAAUGGCCGUACUCAAGUUGAUCCUUCAGUUUCACCGAAAAGACAGUUCUUAAUAUCUGUUGAUAUUGAACAAACCAAAGACAAAUCAUCUAGAAGUGUUGAGGGCGUUAUUGGAGAUUUAAAUGUAAUGAUUAGUGAGAGCGAUGCAACACCUAUUUCAUCCGGUUCCGUCACAAAAUAUUUAGAUUCUGAUUAUGGACUUCAGGCAACACAAAAUUUAUGGGAAAGAAAUAAAUUAAAAUUUUUGGGAUUAUUUUUGGGGCUCGCUGUUUUAGUCACACUUUUUUUAAUAGCACAAAGAAGAGAAAGCAAGGGAAGAAAUAUAGUAAUAUUACAACUUGGGCUUAUUAUUUCUGAUAUGGUUAUGGACGUUGUAUUUCUUAUUAAUAAUGGCAAACAGGUCGAAGUACUUUAUAUUCCAUGUGUGGUAUUUAUAACAGUACCAAUUGCCGUAAAUACUAUAUUGGCAUUUACCAUUAUAACGAAUGAAAAUUCAAGAGAAGUUUUUUAUAAAUGGUUUUCGGCGCAUGGAAAAGUAGCAUCCAUUUUCACAGUAUUGGCAGGAGCAGAUAUUGAUGCACUGACAAUCCUUCAAUCAAACUUGGCAGGAUUUGCUGCUUUCAAGGCACCAUUCUCCGAAGAUGCAAUAACAAAAAUAUUUUGGGGAGCAUGUGCUAAUAUUUUUUUAGAGGAUUUGCCGCAAGUUAUAGUUCAGGUUUUAUAUCAACAAAAAACUGUCUCAUAUGAUAUUGUUCCAUUAUUAACAUUAAUAUCAUCAUGUCUCAAUCUAACAAUCAAUAUAAUUGGUCGUGCAUAUAAUGCCACAAAUAGUCUCAAACGUAGAAAUGAUACAACAGCAUCAUCAAGUUUUGAUGAGGAUUUUGGAAAUAUUUCUGAUAACAAAACAUUAGAAGAUCAAGAUCAACAGACACUGAAUAAAGAACUUCUGAUCGAUGAUCGUGAAACGAAAUCUGAUAGUAAUAAGAUGGGAUUUAAUGUUGUCAAAAGAUUAUUUAGAAAAUAA